AAAACAGACUUGCAAAAGGGAAAGAUGGCGCCUGGUGCUGGGUCCCUCUGCCCUGGAGCAUCUUUGCAACUUUGCACCCUCCAGGGUCUCUUAUAAAGAGGGGCAUCAGCCAUGGGAGACUAUUAGCCCUCUCCCUGGAGGAGAGAGAGAGAGAGAGAUCCAGAUCCAGAUCCAGAUCAGACAUCACUACCCCAGGAUUCGAACUCAGGAUCCUGCAUUUCUUAUAAGGCAUUUCCUCCCAUCCCUGCCACAAGACUGGAGAGGGCUGUCCAGCGAAUGAAUGGAAGAGGAAUCACUGCAAUAAAUAGCGUCCAGCAAGGCUCAUGGAGAACAACGAUCUUAGGCAUGUCUACACAGCCAGCGGACGCCUCCAGCAGCCGACAGUGGACUUGGCUACCAAAACCCAAAAGGGCCGGCAAGAGCUGAUGACCAAAUUGACGGAAGGACAAUAUGUCUUGUGCCGUUGGACCGAUGGGCUCUAUUACCUUGGGAAGAUCAAGAGGGUGAGUGGCUCUAAGCAGAGCUGCCUGGUGACCUUUGAAGACAAUUCCAAGUACUGGGUGCUUUGGAAGGACAUCCAGCAUGCUGGGGUCCCUGGUGAAGAACCCAAGUGCAACAUCUGCCUAGGAGAGACGACAGGCCCCCUGAACGAUAUAUUGAUAUGUGGAAAAUGUGGACUAGGUUACCACCAGCAAUGUCAUAUCCCAGUGGUGAGCACUCGGGAGAACUCCUUGGCAACGCCUUGGUUUUGCCGGAGAUGCAUCUUUGCCUUAGCUGUGCGGAAAGGUGGUGCCUUGAAGAAAGGAGCCAUUGCCCGGACGCUGCAGAUGGUGAAGAUGGUGCUGUCCUAUAACCCCGAACAGCUGGAAUGGGACUCACCCCACCGGACCAACCAACAGCAGUGUUAUUGCUACUGUGGCGGCCCUGGCGAGUGGUACCUGAAGAUGCUGCAAUGUUUUCGCUGCCAACAGUGGUUCCAUGAAGCUUGCACGCAAUGUCUCAGCGAUCCGAUGCUCUUUGGAGACCGGUUUUACAUUUUCUACUGCUCGGUGUGUAACCAGGGUCCAGAGCACAUCAGACGUUUGCCCUUGAGAUGGGUCGAUGUGGUGCAUCUCGUGCUCUACAACCUGGGUGUCCAAAGUAAGAAGAAAUACUUUGACUUUGAGGAAAUCUUGGCCUUUGUCAAUCACCACUGGGACCUUUUGCAGCUGGGGAAGCUGACUGAAACCCCCAUCGCAGAGCGAGGUUCCCAUCUUCUGGAUGCACUCAACAGCUACAAAAGCAGAUUUCUAUGCGGGAAGGAAAUCAAGAAGAAGAAGUGCAUUUUCCGCCUGCGGAUCCGUGUCCCGCCGAACCCGCCGAGCAAACUCCUGCCUGAGAAGACCCCAGGACUGGUUGACGGCAGAGCCUCCGAAGCAAAGAAAAGGGGGAGACUGAAGCAUUCCCACAAAAGCAGUUCAUCAACAUGCGAUCUCCAGCAGGAAAGCAGGAGGAGGAAAAGAUCAAAAUUUCUCUUGGAAGAUGCUAUUCCAAGUAGUGAUUUUGCCUCGGCUUGGAGCACAAACCACCAUCUGGCCAGCAUCUUUGAUUUCACGUUGGAUGAAAUCCAGAGUCUGAAAAGUGCAAGUUCAGGUCACACUUUCCUUUCCGAAGUGGACUCCACAGACGCCGUCAGCACUUCGGGGUCAGCGACAACCAGCCUCUCCUAUGAAUCAAGCAGAAGGAAUAUGGGCAGCCGGAAGCGUAAACUGACCGCCAAGACUUACACGGCCAUCGAAGCGAAGCAAAAAUGCUCACCGCAUCUGCGGAGAACUAUGCCCGGCUGCUCUUCCGAAGACAGCGAGGCAGCCUGCGUGCCUAACCGUGCCAUCGAUUGCCACACUUUUGAGCGCAUGAGCGAAGAUGACUCGUCCCUUUCCCACCUCAAGUCCUCCAUCAACAACUACUUUGGGGCUGCUGGCAGGCUGGUGUGCGGCGAAAAGUACCAGGUCCUGGCGCGACGGGUGACCCUGGAGGGCAAAGUUGAGUAUUUGGUGGAAUGGGAAGGCACCACUCCAUAUUGAUGCUGUGCCAGUGCGUAGGAUUUGGAGACUUAAGGAAAGAAAUAGGACGGGUGGGGAUGAGUUGGAGGAAAAUGUCAUAUGAUGGAGUGGCGCAGCCAUCCUGGGCAAGGCCUCUCCUGGAAAGAGUUUACUUAAUGCUUAUUCAGGGGUGCCCUUGGUACACUGAGUUGCUGGUUGAGGUACUUCAACAAUGUACCCCAAGAAAGGCUUUGUUGGCGUGACCAUGUGUGUUGCUAACUGACUGCCAAGAUAGAACCCCGUUGCUUUAUUGCUGCUUUUUCUUGUUUCUGUUGUUGCUGUUGUUAUGGAAGGGAGAGGAGAUGGAAAUGGGUGGGUUGAGCCAGUCAUGGCAAUGCCAACCAGGUAUGGAAAGAGAGGACUUAAAACCUUUUAUAAUGGCAUCUCUCGGGAAUGGCAUCGCUCUUUUCUCCAGGCUGAGGGAAAGAGAAGGAAUUCCAGGGCACCAUGAUAGCCUGGCAUGACAGACAAAACUAUCCCGCUGAAGAUGGUCCUUGUUUUAUGCCAGGCUUGGCCAUGCCCAAAAUAGAGGCAAAGGUGCCUUAGCAAGCUAUUUCAGCGCACAAGGCGGAAAGUCCCACAAGCACUUCUUGCCCACUGGCAAUAAAGAUACUAUAAGAACGAAGAAGAUUGCCAUUUGUUUGCCACCCUUUUGUGGCACCCAAAACAAGCUGCCUAAGGUAGCCUCCUCCUUUCUCCCGCAUGGCAGGGCUGGCAAGGAGAUUGAAAUGUGAGGAUAGUUUUGGGCUCCAUGUGCCCAAAAGCUGAUUUUGCCACAGCUGUGAACUCCUGAGCAAGCCUUCUGCCAUUUUCCUUUGCCCAUGCCCUGCAAAGUGGGGAACGAUACGUACUGGCAUCGCAACUGGAGUUUUGUUGGGAUUGCCGAAACGAUGUAGAAGAAAUGUGGUUCUGAGCACUUGAAAUGAGCUGUGUAAAUGCAACAAGAAAGGAAAGUUGACUGGCCGUCCCAAGCCAUUGCUAACCUUAAAGUAUUUAAGAAAUGCUGCUACAAAAUGCAUAACCAAACAGUGCUACUUUAGGCUCCAGUGUUAUCUUGAGCCCCCUGAAUCUGCACUAUGCCAUAUAUAUAUAU